UUUGGCAAUCAAUCCAAAUGGCAACAACACAACGCAUACACAGAUAAAGCAACCCAAUAAUUUCUCUCCACUUUCCUUCCACUAGCAGCCAUAAAAAAAAAACACUGUCACAAAAAACAAGAAAGAGCAAGGAAACCACACCAAUGGAGUGGAUGAUGCGAAAGACCAAGACCAAGACGAAGAAAAAGCCGCCUCGAUUGGAGCGACUCAACGCCAAAAAAAACAUCAAUUACCAACUCCCCACCACCACCGCCGCCGCCGCCGCCAUCCCGUCUCCAUCUCCAUCUCCAUCUCCCUCCGAUGAAGAAACCAGUCUCCGUGUAUUAGGAAUCGACGGCGAAUUCGACCGCAUCUUUCAGAGCUUGGGCCUUUCUGGUCCUGAGGAUUUCUCUAUCCCAACACAAGAUUGGGAAGCUCGAAAGGUUCGCUCUUCCAACGUUGGUUCAAUUUCAGUUUCUGAGGAUUCUGCUGUUGUGAUUGUUAGGGAUUCGCCUUCUUCUUCAGGGGAACAUAAUGUUAGGGGUGUUGUUGAUCCGCUCAGAAACGGUGAAAGGAGUGUGCUUUUUACCGAUUCUGGUUCUUUCACUACUUCACAUGAUUAUGAUAGUGAUGGUGGUGGGGAGAGAACGGUGUUUCCUUAUGGGUGGCUUAAACCCACUUUUUCUUCGUGGCAAAAGGGUACCAUUCUCGGAAAGGGUUCUUUUGGAACGGUUUAUGAAUGCCUCACCGACGAUGGAAACUUUUAUGCGGUGAAAGAGGUGUCUUUGUUGGAUGAUGGUCACCAGGGGAGACAAAGCAUUUUCCAACUUCAGCAGGAAAUAUCUCUUUUGAGUAGGUUUCAACAUGAGAACAUAGUUCGAUAUUAUGGCUCAGACAAGAAUGAAAGCACACUGUAUAUAUUCCUUGAGCUUGUGUCAAAAGGGUCAUUGGCCAGUCUUUAUCAAAGCUAUCACCUAAAUGAUUCUCAAGUUUCUGCAUACACAAGACAGAUUUUAUAUGGCUUGAAGUAUCUUCAUGAAAAUGAUGUGGUCCACAGGGAUAUCAAGUGUUCUAAUAUACUGGUUGAUGUAAAUGGUUCGGUCAAGCUUGCAGAUUUUGGGUUGGCAAAGGCAACAAAAUUAAAUGAUGUUAAAUCAAGCAAAGGCUCCCCAUACUGGAUGGCUCCCGAGGUUGUUAACUUAAGAAACCAAGGUUACGGGCUAGCGGCUGAUAUAUGGAGCUUAGGAUGCACGGUUUUAGAGAUGUUGACGAGGCAGCCACCUUACUCUGAAUUAGAAGGAAUGCAAGCAAUAUUUCGGAUUGGUCGGGGUGAACUUCCACCGAUUCCUGAAUCUCUAUCUAAUGAUGCCCGAGAUUUCAUUCUUAAAUGCUUACAAGUUAACCCAAGUAAACGGCCUACUGCAGCUCAGCUAUCAAAUCAUCCAUUUCUAAGGAGACGAUUAAGCGCAGGUUCUCCACGUGUUAAUAGUAUUGUUCAGCCAUAAGUGCUCUUGAUCACUUCCUAUGUUGGCACUGAGAAGGUCAAAUUUAUCCCCUAUUUCUCAAGUUAAUCCUUACACAUCUUGAGUUUAGAUCGGUGAAAAUAUCCAUGAAAUAGCAUGGGUUUGCACAAUAUGUACUGGAGUUGGACCUCAAGACUCACUGGUUUGCUUAUCUCUAUCACCUCCUGUGUUGGACCACCAUGCCAAUCCCAUGCUGAAAAUAGUUUCAUCAAAAGGCAAGAGUGCAUUAACAAAAGCAAGAGUUCCAGGAUGCUAAAUUUUCACCUUUAUGUCACACAAGAAGAAGCAAUGGCUCCUUAUCUUGCAGUAAGGAACUUCUUAUGACUGGAGGGGGGAAUCGGAGAAGUAAAGAGGAGAUACUCUUCAAUUCCAAUCAAGUGCUCUUUCCUGUAGUAUGCAGUCAAAAGGAGAUUGCAAAUUUGCAAUGAGCCUGCACAAUUGGUCAUUUGGAACAGAGUUGUCGAAACAUGCAGUCAUAUCACUUCUACCGCUGCUUUUCAAGUCAUAAUUCCAAUCCUAAAGCAAUGGUUAUUGCAUUAUCUGCCCAUAUACUCACUUGAUCCAAUCAGGGCUCAUACUCUUGGAAUUGUUAUUGCAUGGAAAUUCUACAUUCACUAGUAUUGCAAAGCGGUUGCUGAUAUUUGGUUUUGGUCAUGAAAGAUGCUGCAGCUAGUGUACAAAUGUUGUGUUAUCUAUGCCAUUAGAGUGCGAAGUUGUACAUGAGUUUUUGUGUGCAGUUAAACUGUAUAUAAUUACCGCACUGUUUUUUUCUAGGAAACUACAAUAAUUUUAUCUAGUUUGUUUUUAUUUUGUGAAUUGAUUCUUGUAUCUUUAGAAUGCAAAAAGUGUUCUCUCUAAUGUAGGUGAACCUUAACUCAUUUGUUGGAGGUGGCGUUGUACUCUGGCUAUAUUGCUCAAAA